AUGGCGCUGGCGGCGCCGGCCGUGCUGAAGGAGGGCGUGCUGGAGAAGCGCAGCGGCGGGCUGCUGCAGCGCUGGAAGCGGAAGCGCUGCGUGCUCACCGAGCGGGGCCUGCAGCUGUUCGCGGCGCGCGGCGCGGGCGGCCGCCCCAAGGAGCUGGGCUUCGCGCGCAUCCGCGCGGUGGAGUGCGUGCAGCGCACCGGCCGCCACGUCUACUUCACGCUGGUCACCGAGGCGGGCGGCGAGAUCGACUUCCGCGGGCCGCCCGAGGACGCGGGCUGGAGCGCGCAGAUCUCGCUGGGCCUGGUCAAGUUCAAGAACCGCCAGGCGCUGGAGACGGUGCGCGCGCGCCAGGGCCCGGGCGCGGGGGCCCUGGUGUCCUGA